UUGAAAGCUGGAUUUUCGAUGCACUUCGAUGAUCACACUUUAUUCUUGUGUUGACAUUGUUACCAAAUACAUUUCGUUGAAAUCAUCGAUAAAGAAACUUUUUCCAACGAGUUUUUUGAAAAAUCCAUGCGACUGGCAACUCUGCCCAUGCAAUUAUGUCAACGAGGAAAAAAAGAAAAAAGAAUCAACAACAACAAACUUGUACCGUAAACAUUGGUCGUGAAAGGUCGUAAACAUUCGGUCGUAAAGUGGUUGAACUUCCUGGUUUUUCAUCUCAUUCAGGUAAACAAAUUCAAAAUAUAUCCUUAAAAGCUGAUAGAUUUCCUAUAAAUUAUUAUCUUUCAGCAUGAUGGAGGAGGAUAGUGACAGUAGCAGCUCUGCAGAAGGAAAAAUGCAUGAAGAUCGGACGAUGCGUGAUGCGGACCGAGAUGCGGACGAUGCAAACUUGGAGGAUGAUUCCGACAAGUACUCAAUAGAAGCUCUGGAGGACGAUCCACUGAUUCUUCCUUUGGAUGAUGAUGACGACGUAGAUGGAUCUAGCUUCGGAAAUGAUGUGUGUGAUGAUGCGAUGGAAAGCAUUGAUGCGGGCAAACCAAAAAACAACUUGUCGUUGUGUGCUUCCUUCUACAAACGCCGGUUCGUAGGAGAAACAUCCGGCAGCCUCGUAACAUCGCAAAUACUUUCCGGAGAUUCCGUCGGACAAAUUUUGGAAGGAAUGUGGCAGAUUGUGAAGCCGAUCAUCUGUCGCGAAGUGAUAUUCGUUGAGGAAAACGGAAUUCAAACACCAUCGUGGGUUGACAGUGAGCCGACUUUUGAGGAUAUGGGGAAGUUUGUUUAUAUGCAGAACCAUAAAAAUCGAAGACGUGUCAACAUCGACCAGAUUAAAAGUAAGCUGCUGAUCAGUUGGCGCGGUAAGGACAUACGAGCACACGUACAUAUCUACUCUACGGCAGUGUCAUGCAAACAAUUAUGGGAGCUGGUCGACAAGCAUCUGGUGAAAUUCCAACAUUCCGACCGAGCGGGGGCGCCCAGUAAUCAAUCGCUUUCUCAACUUGCUGAUGAGCUCCGAGAGUUGCAUGGCCAACACUUCAUGGGACACGGCAGCGCGUGGAAGCUUUGGGCCAAUUACAUUCACACUGCGCCGGCGCAUGAAAGGGAACAACGAAAAUCUGAGCUACCACCGCCAUCCAUCAUAAAGUUCUUCAGAUCCGUACCAAUUUCGGAAGCUGUGCAGCUGGAAAGUACUCGCCAUGGACUAUCUGUUGCUCGUACCAUCAAUGAAGCGUUCUCUGCUGAGCUGGCAGAAUUGGAAGAAGAAACUGACCAACUGAUUUCUAUGGGACAAAGGUUGAAGCAUCGUAUUAGCGCCUUACGAGCUCGAUCAUCGAUCAACUCAAGUCUGGUUUCGGCGAUGCAGGAGUCUACCAGGCCGGAAGACAACGAAACGAGUCGUUUGCUUGUGGAAAACGUUUCGGAUAUGCUUGACGUAGAUCAUAUGUGA